CGUCAAUCAAAAUAGAAAAAAUCCACACGAAACACCGAUCGCAGCCCGCCUUUGAUUAAAAUAAUCAUGUUUGGCGUUUAAAUAAACUGAGAAACUCCCGAUUAAGGCCACUCACGCUAUGACUGCCCCUGAACAGCCAGUGAAACAGGAGGAAAUGGCUGCCUUGGACGCGGACUACCUGCAGGCUCAGCAGAGCGCCGGAGACAAGGACACUCAGCCGUCACCGCUCGCUUUGCUGGCUGCUACCUGCAGCAAGAUCGGCUCUCCGUUGACAGGGGAUGAUAACGGUGCUGGCGUGACGACGGACCUGACAUCCAUACAGUUGACAGGGGCGUCGGAAAGAUGGGAGGUGUUGACUCCCACGGUGACGGUCAAGGAGGAGCCGGGCGUGGUGCAUAUUCCAAACACAGGGAUCGUAACGUCGAACGGACAGUAUGUUCUCCCGCUGCAGAGCCAGCCCAUUUUCGUGGCGUCUGGUGCGGACGGGUCCUCCGGUGCAGUGCCUCAUGUUCAGUAUCAGGUCAUUCCGCAGAUCCCCUCGGCCGACGGACAGAUGAGCUUCGGGUCGGCCGUGGACGGGGUCUCGCUCGGUCAGGACGCCUCGGGGCAGAUCCAGCUCCUGCAGGACGGGGGACAGGGCAUCGGUGCUUCUGGGACUUCUGCCGACAUCCUCACCAACACACACAACCUCAUCUCCCAGACUGGGCACAUUCAGCAGAUCCAGGGAGUUUCUAUCGCCAGUUCCACGUAUAAUAACCAGGGUCAUGUCGUCACGAAUGUGCCUGUCGGGUUGCCGGGAAACAUCACGUUUGUUCCGAUAAGCAGUGUGGACUUGGACUCGCUGGGGUUGUCGGGGGCCCAGACCAUCGCGACGGGGGUCACCCCCGACGGUCAGCUGAUCAUGGCGGGCCAGACCGCGGACGGCUCCGACUGCGCAGACAAAACCCGGCAGCACAUCGCCGGCGCCAACCAGGACAUGUACGUGGCGACCAGCGUCUCCUCCCACCUCCCCGAAACGAUAGACGGCACGGGGGUUCUGACCCAGGCCACGGCUGUGUCCUCGGCCAGCCAGCAGAGCUACCUGGCCCAGAGCCAGGCCCCGGGCAUGGUGGUGUCGGCGGGCCAGCCGGGACUGCUGCAGGACGGGGAGGCUCAGGCCGGCUCCCAGCAGGCCGUGCAGCUGCUGAACCCCGGGACCUUCCUGAUCCAGGCGCAGACGCUCACGCCCUCCGGGCAGAUCCAGUGGCAGACCUUCCAGGUGCAGGGCGUGCAGAACCUGCAGAACCUGCAGCUGCCCGGCGGGGGGCAGCAGAUCACGCUGGCUCCCGUGCAGGCGCUGUCCCUGGGGCAGGGCGGGGGGUCCGUCGGCCUCAGCACCACGCAGAUCCCCAGCCUGCAUACGGUGACGGUCAACUCCACGCAGGCGGGCAUCCAGUUCCAGCAGGACCAGACCGCCAGCCCUGCAGACAUCCAGAUAAAGGAGGAGCCGGACUCCGAGGAGUGGCAGCUCAGCAGCGACUCCACGCUGAACCCCAGCGACCUGUCGCACCUGCGCGUCCGGCUGGUGGAGGAGGAGAUGGAGCCCCUGGGGCAGGAGGGCAAGCGUCUCCGCAGAGUGGCCUGCACCUGCCCCAACUGCAAGGAGGCUGGCGGCAGAGGGUCCGGCAUCGGGAAGAAGAAGCAGCACGUGUGCCACAUGCCGGGCUGUGGGAAGGUGUACGGGAAGACCUCGCACCUGCGGGCUCACCUGCGCUGGCACUCCGGGGAGCGGCCCUUCGUCUGCACCUGGAUGUUCUGCGGGAAGAGGUUCACGCGCAGCGACGAGCUGCAGAGACACAGGAGAACGCACACAGGGGAGAAGAAGUUUGUGUGUCCGGAGUGUUCUAAACGCUUCAUGCGCAGCGACCACCUGGCCAAGCACAUAAAAACGCACCAGAAUAAGAAGGCCGUGAACUCUGGAGGCGUGGCCAUGGCUACCGUGGAGACGGCCUCCUCCGAUGGCAUCCUCACGGCGGGGGGGACCACGCUCAUCCUCACCAACAUUCAGCAGGGCGCUGUUCCGGGCCUGGGGGCCACCAACUCCGCCAACGCCCAGGACCUCCUGUCCAACUCCGAGAUCCCUCUGCAACUAGUCACGGUCGCCGCAAGCCAAGUCAUGGAGUAGCCAAAACCUCCAGACCCUCCCGCUCUCCCCGUUUUUUACAUCUAUAAAUAUAUAUAUAAAAAUAUAUAUAAAUAUAUAUAUUUUAAAGAAAUUAUCUGUUUAUUAUCAUUAGCAGUCUUUUUAAAGAUGGGGCAAAAAUGACACACUCAAAUGCCUUAUUUUGUAUCAUACUCUGUACUAUAAUCUGGUGGCGCUGCAUGUAUUUUUAGCUACAAUUCAGUGUAUAAUAGUUCUGAAUAAAAUGUUUUUGUACAAAGGAAUUGAAUGGUACAGAGGGAAGCUGAUUAUAUAGUAAAUGGGUUUUUGGGGAUUGUAAAGCAGGAACAGUGGAGGAGUCCUGUUGUCAAAACACAAACCAUCAUCUUCAAGCACUGGCUUGUGCUUGUGUUUAUUUACAGGAUAUGAUUGUGCUUGUUUAUUUACAGGAUAUGAUUGUGCUUGCCGGUGUAAUUAAAGGUUGACUGCACACAAGGGUAAUUAUGCUUCGUAAUUAUGUCUACAAGAGUCAGAUUUGGGAUUUUCCUAAACUCAGAAUUUUGUUUUGCCACAUGUUCAGUUGUAAUUAGGAAUUUUGCAGGUGGUAAAAGAGAACAAUCAUGUGAUUUAAAGCUGUCCCUUUUGUUUUCUGUGUUUGUAAGUCUUCUGCUGAUUGGGUCAGUCCUAUGCAGUUCUUUCAGAAAAAGCGGUUUUCUGGAAGGCUCUCCGCAGUUUGUUGAAUCGGAAGCUCCUUGUUUUUGAAUUUCUUUUGUAGGUGUCCUUAAUGAGCGCCUGUGCUUGUUCAGUGAACGUUCAUUUUCAAACGGAUCGCAUUUCAAUUCUGACUCCUUUAUAUAGAAAGCCAUGUAAAAGGGUUGAGUUGCCAAACUUUCAGGAUGACCUGUUCAUGCAGUAACGUUGUAUCGUACGGUCAGAGUCCACCCCUGCGGCCCCCUGCAGGCCAAUGCGUGUUGAGGUGAAGGACCAAAAGAAGGGCCCAUUUCUUGCAUACUGUGUCAUGGUAUAUUUGUCAGGGUCUUAAUAUUACUUUUUUGCGUAUUAGUCCCCCCCCCCCCUCGUUAGUGGGGUGUAAAUGGAGACCCUCAGGCUGUGACAUCACUCAGAGGCUCUCUCGUGUGAGUGAAAUGGUGUCUGGAGAAGGUACCGUUUUCUUAUUGGCACUGUACUAUACCAAUUAACUGCAGUUUAAUAAUCAUCUUUUUAUAAACUUAUCUUUUUAUAUACUGGCCAGGAAGGUGUGUAGCCUAUGCACUCUUUUUGCUCUGUCAAAAAAAAUUUACUUUUCUUUUUUAAAAUGUAUUUCUAUAUUAUUUGUUUCAUUUGUUUUCUAUAUAGAAAUGUUUCUGACAUUCAUUAUGCAGGUUGUGUAAUGUAAGAUUUGAAAUGUGAUUUAUGAGUGCUAUACAAUCUUGUUGCUGGAGUUGAUUAUUCCAGUGACUGGAAUUUUGUUUAAAAAAAUAAAAAAAGUUAGACAAUAUUUUACAAUAUAACUCAUAAGGCCAUCUGAAACUGAGACUCUACCUUGUAAUUGAAAUAUAUUAAACCCAAAGUGGUCAUUAAUAAAACACUAUUUUGACAUUUCA